UACGGCCCCCAAGCUCUAGGGGCUUCAGUCCCGCCCUCUCUGUCACCCCGGUGCUGUGUAGGGCUCCUGGGGUCUGCGUCCGCCCUCCCCGAGCCCCACAAUCAAUACAAUCGCUCUGAUUUAAAAAAAAAAAAAAAGCUGGGCACGUGCUGUCAGCUCUCCCCUGCCCGUCCAGCCUGGGAGGGACCCACACCUGCGCCCUCUCUAGCCGAGUCUUUACCUGUGCGGUUCCCCGCGGCGCCUGCGGCCGCGCCGGUAACGCAGGAAUGGAAGGGAGGGCGGGGGAGUGAGAGGGACAGAACGUACCACCCGGGACAGCCAGAUACACAGCCCCGGGGGCCUCCUCUUCGGACUGGUGGUGGGGCCCCGGCCCUACACGCCCUAGGAGCCGAACUGCGCUGGGCAGACCGGGUCGGGGGAAGGGCGAGGGGAAUCAGCCUCCGGUGGGCGGGGCGGGCCCAGCGGCACUUCCGCCGGGGGCGGGGCCGCGGGCUGCAGUGCCGGUCCCACCCCUCCGCGUCGCCGGCCCGCCCCCGGCUCGCCGGGCUCCACCCCCCCGGCUGGGCAGCGGGUGUCGCGGCGCGAUGCAGCGCCUUGGCGCACAACCCGAGACUCACAGGACAGUGGACAGGUCCUUUCCCCUGCCUAAGGUUGUAUCUAAGGAUUUUUAAAUCAAAGGACUACAAGCACAUACCCUGGCCCAAACUCUCAGCAUCUGAAUCCUGCUUCCUGCUUGUUGGAAUAAAGGACCUGUUUCCAACUACAGAAGCUGAAGUGGUCGCAUCCUCCUUCUCCCUGUCCCUGGCAGCUGAGGCUCCUCAAGAGGUGUCCUACAUAGGCCAGGACUGCAGAGAGAUCCCAGAGCACCUCGGCAGGGACUGUGGACACUUUGCAAAGAGGCUUGAUCUGAGCUUUAACCUUCUGAGGUCACUGGAAGGACUGAGCGCGUUCGGGAGCCUGGAGGAACUCAUCUUGGACAACAAUCUGCUCGGCGAUGACCUCGUGUUGCCAGGGUUACCCAGGCUCCACACCUUAACCCUCAACAAGAACCAAAUCACCGACUUGGAGUAUCUGCUUGACCACCUGGCAGGAGUGACACCAGCUCUGGAGUACCUCAGCCUCCUGGGGAAUGUGGCAUGUCCCAACGAGCUCGUCAGCCUGGAAAAGGAUGAGGAAGACUACAAGAGAUAUCGAUGCUUUGUUCUGCACAAGCUGCCCAAUUUGAAGUUUCUGGAUGCUCGGAAAGUAACCAAACAAGAACGAGAGGAAGCUUUGGUCAGAGGGGCCUUCAUGAAGGUGGUGAAGCCCAAGGCCUCCAGUAACAGCGUUGCUGUCUCUCCUAAGAGCCGCUACACACCCCUGCCUUCUGCUUCCAGGGAACUCACCAGUCACCGAGGUGUCCUGGGGAAGUGUCGCUAUGUUUACUACGGGAAAAACUCAGAGGGCAACAGGUUCAUCCGUGAUGACCAGCUCUGAAAGGCAAGUUCUCUGUGCCUUAGCCAGUGACAUGAGAGUUAGAAAAAAAAAAAAGCAAAAAUAAAGGAAAAGCUAAAUGAAAAGACAAUGGCCUACAACCCUUCUCUGUAGGAAAGCUAUGACUUCAGCUUUUGGUACCUUCUUCUGACUUUGCCAGGCCUGUCAGGAUCAUCCUUCUGCCUUAGACUGAGUGGUCACAGAGAGAUUGACAUGAUUGCCCUUAAGCAGGUCUCAUCCACUAGGGUGACAGACAGUGGUGGCGAAGCACCAGGGCUGACAGGAUGAACACCAUGAUAGAUUGCCUGGCCCCUCCACUGCUCACAGGGGAGCAGAGGUCACACCUGGGGCCUCCCUGAGCAUGCUCUGUGGUUGUCGUCAAGUGCGAGAGACUGUGGCUUCAGCUUGCCUAUUGAGCAGAGAUCCUUCUGAUACCAUUGUGCUGUGGGUUGAUUUUUAGUGACAGAGUCAGUUUAGAGGAAGCCUCCUUUCUGUUAUUUCCCUUAAAUCUUAAUCUUUGGUAUUCUGCAUAGUCCCCUCCCACCCCAUCCUCAUCAUCCUUUAGCAUAUUUAUCACGGGCAAUUCAUUUCAGUUUGCAGUUUUUUGGAGAACAGAAGAGGUGAGUUCUUAGCCAUGUUGUAUUUUUAUGAUGAGCUUUGUGCUCUUACAAUUUGUUGUUUGGAGUACAUUGCUGUCACUGAACCUUGACUUUGAAAGCAUGGAUUUUACCAUGUUUUGUUCAUUUCUAAAUCCUCUUCUUCCCCUGAAUACUAGGCAGUGUCAGGUAUCUUUCCCAACACUGGGUUCUAUCCGAGGACUCUUAUUUAUUUAUUUUUAACCACAUACCCUCCCAGCUACAUCUAUGGCCAUAUGUGUAUUUGGAGCUGGCUUACUCCUUUGGGUGCUAUAUAAAGGUAGUGAGGUGAUAAAAGAUAGAGCAAUAGGUCAGGAAGUUAAAAAGCAAAGUGGAGACUGUAGAAAAUACUCACGAGACCAAACAGUUUAAUAAAAGGCACAAACCCUUUGAAUUUAAUUUCUCAGAAUCUCUCAGAAAUGAAAUCCCACAGCUUGUGAGAUGGUCUUUGUAUACCUUUGUUUAUAUUCCAGCCCUAAUGUUACAAGGAAAAUGAGCAUGAUCAUGCUGGUUGGAUGGCUGUAAUUCCAUGUAAUAUACUGGUACACCAGUAGAGGAUGUUUGAAAGGCUAUUUGCUCUUGACACAGUAGCAUUUAUGUUUAUUUUUAUUUAGACCAAGUGUUCAUUGUCCAGGGUCUCCCAGUAUUCGGUUAGAUUAAGGACAACAAAACAUAAAUGAGACUCAUUCCUAGUUAUGGAUACCAAAAGACUAGAGAGCUGCUAUGGUAAAAGUCUUUAAGUCUCAGAACCCCUGAGACACCCAAGAAGAGCCCGCUUUCUCUGUUCAAGUCCAUUUCCAUGGCCUCUGGCCUACUGAGUCAACACAAUCCCUGAAUGACUUGCGCUGGGGUUGGCAGGAGUCCCUCUUAUAGAUUACACACACCAUUCAGUAAUCAGUUAUUGAGACAAAUUUAGAUCAAAAUCCUUAAGACCAUUAAUAAUUAGAGAAUAUUAAAUGUUUGGCUUUAUCUUUCAAAUCCAUUAAUAACCAGAGUCAAGUAUCUUUACUCUUUUUGAUCUACAAAACAACAUUGAGAUAAUGCUUUAAAUGAGCUGUAUUCAGCCCCACCCUGGCUCUUUGUUUAAAAGCACCAGCACACGUUUCGUCCAUGGCAUAUUACGGGCAGCCGGAGUCCUGUGCAAGGGCAGCUAGACUAGUCCAAUGUCACAUCCAAUCUUGUGGCACAUAUAUCCUUGUCUUUAUAAAAGGCUUUAACCCUGCCUCAAACAAUAAAAAAGCACUUGUGAACUGACCACAGAAUUUUUCCAUCUUUAUUUUUCUUACUUGUUUACUUUUCUUAAUGUCAGAACCAUUUGUAUCAUGCACAGGAAUGUCUCCCUCAAUGCGAGCUUUGGAGGCAAAAAAUAUUUUUGGAGCGCGUUAUGGACCACAUUGUUUCCCUCUCUUUGGGUUGUUUAUUUUCUUCCAAAAUGGUGUAAUAACUUUCAUUGAGAUUAGCUUUAAUUAUAAUUUACAUAAAGGCCUUAAAACAGUAUAUUCAUCUUAAUGAUAGAAUUAUAGUGAGUUCUGUUUCUCUUAAAGAGGGAUAAUGAUAACGAAUUAGUGUUGGAUUGUUUACAGUUCCACUGUUUGUUAAGGAAGAUUUGCUGUGCUUGAGCGAGAUUUUGGUCUGAAUUGGCAGAGAGGAGAGCGAUGCGGCAUGCUUAGCUUAAAUCCCUAGGAAUUUCCCAAACCUUGUUUUUCAAAGUAGAGAAUUAGAAGGUAAUAAAUUUAGUCCAAGCUCAGACAUACUUUAUACCCCUUUUCGCCGCUUGGUCUUUCUACUUUUGACCCUGUUCCACUGGGUUUCUUCUUCGGGAUUGUGGAGCCGGGUAGCCCUCUGUCCUUCCAGAACACCCAUCUGACUUGAGAGUCCCUGCAGUAAAGGCCAUCCUGGAGUCCUCUGUCGCCUCAGCAAAGGCAGGGCGGACUGUCUCUUUCCUAAGUAAUGUAAUUUUAUAGAACAAUUUGUUCCUUGGGGAAUAAUGUUUUUGAUUGCGGGGAAUCCUAUUAAAAGUACAACUAUUACAAUCAUUUGCUUUUACUUUUACCAGCCUUGCUCAUAAACCCUCCAUCUGUUUGUUGCUUUAAAUAGAGGAACAUUAUAAGAGAUUAUCACUCGAUCAAGCUGCACGUCUGAAUGCUGUGCAUUUUCACAUAUUCAUGUGUGCUGAGGAAUACAAGAAAGCAAGCCACAGAUUCGGGAUAAAAGGAUUUUCAUUUUCUGUUUGUUUUGUUUUGUUCGUGUGUGUGUGUUUUCCAGCAGGGAUGUAUCUUGCACAUUUUCAAGGGAAAAUGUCUUUCUUGUUGCUUCUAAGAAGUAACCUGGCUGUCUUUCUCGUCUUUGUUAAUAUGCAGAUCAAAAGCAAUCCACAGGGCUCUUUACAUCAAAACAAUGAGUGUUCGGUAGUUGUUCGUCAUAAGAGCAGCCUAAGUCAGAUGUGCAUUGCUGUCUAAUGCUCAGGGUGGACAACACAGAGUCUGCUGAGACCCCUCUCUGCUGCCCAUACAGCACAGCUGAUCCAAUGUGACAUUCACCAUCUGCUUUUCCUAAUUCUCUUUCCAAGAAGAAGCCUUUGCUGCAGAAGGCUGUGAGUAUGACUUGACUCUGGCCUCUGUAACUUGUCUAAAUACCAUGCUGUAAACUACCAUGACUAAGACCUAGAAAGGGGAAGAACACUGGAGGGGCCCGAGACAUGUUGGUUACUUGUUUGUGUGAUGGACCAUCAGCCUUUGAUGAAGCAGUGUGUUAUUUCUAGUACAUCAGCAAAUACUUAGAUGAUCUGAAGAACAUCCAAAGACAGUCACCUCUCUGAAAUGAUUAUCUUGCUACAAAUUUACCUGAAAAUUUCUAGCAGUUGUAGUUCUCCUUUGGGUAAUUAUAAUCCUGAAUGUAAAGUUGCCACUUUGUGAAUGAAGUAGGUAGUGUUAUCUGUACAUAUUAAUGUGUUAGCACAUGCUGUUUUUUUCUAGAGUAACAUGGAAUGUGGCAGUCUAGGACAAGGGAGUUUUCCUAAGAAAGAAGAGAAGAUUCUAAGUUUGGAAUAUGUCUAGGGAUGAGUGGCCAAAGUAAGAAUGAUGUAAGUGAUAAUACAUGGAAUCAUGCCAAAGGAGAGCUUGAAGCAGAGCCUGGUGCAGAAUUAAUGUGUGAACUCUUAGUGGAUAAGGAUAUAGGGUGCUGAGGGAAUAAGGAAAAGAAAGGGAAAAGACAGUUGAUGCCAAUUACAAAAUUUGCUGAUGUUCAGCACUAAAGUGGUGUUGAGCAGUUUUUUCUUAUGAAAAUGUAAUCAUCUUUGAUCUGAGACAUUUAUAAAUGUUGGAUCAGUUCAGUUCAGUUCAGUUGCUCAGUCUUGUCUGACUCUUUGCUACCCCAUGUACUGCAGCACGCCAGGCCUCCCUGUCCAUCACCAACUCCCAGAAUUCACCCAAACUCAUG